CUGAGCGGUGCAGCACCUGGCACCGAGGGGAGUCUGCGAUGGUGGGCCGGUGGGGGCGAGGCUUCGAGCCGGUUUCGGAGCUUCGCUCGCUGCCCUUCGCCCGCAGGCUCGCCUACUUCGACGGCGAGUUCGAGCGGCUGCGGCGGGAGCGGCGAUUGCCGGCUUCGUCGUCGGCCCGGCUCCGGGCGCUGGAGCCGCUGCUGCGCCGCGGGCCUAGCCGCUCCCCCGGCCCUCGGUCGGCGCUGGCCGCCGGCGCCCUGCUGCUGCUGCUGCUGCUCCUGCCAGGCGGCCUACUCCGCGCCGGCCCCGCCGCCCGCUUCCUCAGCUUCUGCGGCCGCGCCCUGCUCAUCCAGUUGCUGCCUUAUUGGGAUUGGACGUUGUACUCCAACACAGACUGCCUGAUCAGGAACCCCUAUUAUUUUGUGAGAGGCCUCGAGUCCUUACAACUGACUGACUGCAUCAAUGUGUGCCAGAAAUACCCAACCGUGGAAUCUGUGCAGAAAGUGGAUCCAAAAGUUGUUCUUCAGAAGUAUCUGCGUCAGAAUCUACCCCUUGUAAUAACGGACGGGGCUGAAGAAUGGGUUGCGCUGAGAGAUUUCACUGUGCCAUUCCUAACUCGGUUAUUCAGUGGACAUCCAGUACUGCAGAAUACAAUUGUGUGCAGUUACUGGGACUCUCAAGACUCUCUGGAGAAAAGCCCAAGUGUUUUCUUAGAAAAGAUCCAUCAUCAGAGACUUGCCCACUGGGCAGUUCAAUGGAAGAAUUGCAACAAAGCAGCAGCAAAGGUGAUCCGUGGAUUUUAUCUGCGGCCUUACUUCCUUCCGGCAGUGGUGGAAUUGGCAGAGUCCAACUGGUUGCUAAUGGCAGCACAAACAGAAAAUGGUGGCACAGGGGACCCAUUUGUAAAGGUGGGAGAUCAUGACGGGGACUUGCUGAUAUGGAUUGCCCAGCUACAAGGGGGUUUUGAGGUUCAGCUCUUGCCGAAAGACUUGUGUGCAAACAACUGUACUCACUACACCCUGUGGCUUUCACCUGGAGAGGCAGUUGCUGUACCACUUCAGAUGUGGGAGGUUCAGUAUCGUCCUUCCAGUGCCACUGCUAUUGGACUUGCUGCAACAGGAAACUGGCUACAAGACUCCAGGUGAUGGUGCCAGAAGUGGUUCUGCAAGAACAUGUCCUGCCUCGGGAAAUCUAGGAUUUUGACAAUGGCCAACGUGUACUGCUUUGAGUUUGUACUGCUAACUAGAACCUGGUUUGGAUUGUGUUGCCUUAUUUGUUUGAUUGUUUAGAGGGUUUUAUUUCUGGGGUUACCGAAAGGAGAGAUUAUAUCAUUGUUGGGCUGCUGAAUGGAGGAGGGAUAUACGGUCUAAAGGUAAUGUAUGUCAGUGGGUUAUACAUCCACAAGAAAUAACAUAUCAGAAUAUUGAUUUUAGUAUCAAAGGACUGGAAUGACAAAAAGGGAAAGUGCUGUUGGUUGCAACGACCUCACAAAAAGAGGAGUUCUCUUUUAGAAGGGGCCACAGCACUGAUACACCAGAACGGCCAAAGCUGAUAAGGUUAAAUUAAGAGAUUUCACUGAUUUCCACCAGUGUCAAUGCAUGGCCCUUUCCUUGAAAUUACAAGUGGGAAAGAUUAGCCAAUUGUUUGCAACAGGGUUUGUGUCACUAAAUAAAAUAAUUUUUUUUAAAGGGACCACAAUUUUGGAGUGAAUGGGGAAGCAAUUUUUUUUUUUUUACAAAAUGAAGGAAAAAUAUAUUUAAAUAGCAAUAGAUGCUGGGUUACAAAACGUCACGCAAUUGAUUUUUUUCCCCUAGUAAGACCAAAGGGCAUCAAGGAAUAAAAGAGAAAAUAUAUACAUUUUUAUAUCAACAUUUAAGAUCGGAGGAAGUUGGGGAAAUGCUGCACAUUUUCAGGGGGAUGUGUACCUUUCCUGGAGGCUGGAAGAGAAGCACUGUACAUAUUUAUGGGGGAAAGGUGAAGCAGAAUGGGGUAGCUCUUAGCAAUGGGAUGAAGCAAAAGGACUAUUAUUGUACAGAAGUGGAAAGGGGCUGCAAUUCUCUGUGGGUAGAAUACUGGCUGCAGAACACUUUGUAAAGUAGGAGGCUUACAACUUUACAGGAAAUAAAGUGAAAUGUGUGCUUCUGUGUGGAGGAAAGGAAAUAGACUUCCAAUGUACUUCAGAAGGGGGAGGGAAUUAUCAGAAAGAGUGGAACUGAGAAUCUUGCAGGAAAGAGGAGGAUAAAAAUGAUUGUGAGAAAAGGAUUGUGCAGAACUCUUAAAAGUGGCUACUUGCUGAUUUCAGUCGUAAUUAAAAGGUGGUCAUGUAGCUCUUUGGGUCUUGGUUAAAUAACAAAUUUAUUGGAUGUUUGGGAGUGGAGGAAUAAUUGUACUAGAUGUUGUUGAAGUAGUAAAAGUUGGGAAGAAACAAACAAAUAUUCUCACUUCCACCAUCUAUCUUGCCAUCUAUCAGUUUGCUGCUCAGCAUUAACCUUUUUCUUGUGAUAACAGCAUAGAUCAAAUAAUGUGCAAACAAUAUAAUCAGAGGUGUGUAAUGUGUACGGGAUAUGAAGCCAUAGGACAUGCCAUGGAUUAGCCACUGAAUGUGAUGUCAGGAAGAUUCACUUCGAUAAAGUUCCAAUUUUAAACCCUACCUUAGUCAUUAUGAUUUUUCAUAAAUGUCAAAAGGAAAAUAUGCAAGUACUAUUUUGGAAAUGUUGUAAAAUGUUUUUUUUGUUUAAAAGAAAUAUAAUUCUUGAAUUGUGCUGCUUUUGGUUAUUGAGAGUUUCACACGUAACACUGAUUUGACACAG